GGAUGGCGGUGCAAGAGUGGUUUAGUGUCGGGCCGGCCACCGUCUGAUGAACAUGCGAGUGUAGUCGUGGCUUGGGAAGGAUGUGGUUCGUCGUAUUGUCAUUCGCCGCAGGAGCGGCAACCGUCACCGCCUCCGAUGUGGAUUCAAACGAGACCGGCCAGUGCCAGGAGGGUCUCAUCGUACCGUUGUGGGAGCCGACUACCAAUCUCACGACCAGCGACAGGAUCUUCCGUGGAAGUGUUUACUUUUUCGCUCUUAUGUACCUUUUCCUCGGUGUGUCUAUCAUUUCUGACAGGUUCAUGUCGGCUAUCGAAGUGAUAACGUCUCAAGAGAAAAAAGUGAGUAUCAAAUCUAAAGGUGAAAGAAAAACUAUGCUGGUUCGUGUGUGGAACGAGACGGUAGCGAAUCUCACGCUUAUGGCACUCGGCUCUUCUGCACCGGAGAUCAUGUUGUCUGUCAUCGAAAUCUGGGCGAAGAAUUUUCAAGCGGGGGACCUGGGCCCGGGCACGAUUGUCGGUUCCGCUGCUUACAAUCUCUUCGUCAUCAUAGCCAUAUGUGUUUCCGUCAUACCAAACGGUGAAUCCAGAACUAUAAAACACUUGAGCGUGUUUUUCGUCACUGCGACUUGGUCCAUAUUCGCCUACAUCUGGCUUUACGUGAUCCUCGCCGUGUCUUCUAAAGGGGUGGUCGAUGUGUGGGAAGGUCUUCUCACUUUCAUCUUCUUCCCUCUCACCGUCCUCACCGCGUUUAUAGCCGACAAGAAGAUACCCAUACACAAGAUCCCGUUGAAGUUGAUCAGACGGUUCAAAAGCCACAGCGCCGUCGGGGCGGUGGAAAGUGUCGACAUGGAGCUAUCUAAGUCCGACUACGACGAUUUCGAAGAGAUGCUCGAGAACGCCCGACAGCAGUCCGCCACCUUGCUCAAGGAUUUGAGGAAGGAGUUCCCUGACAAGUCCAUGGCGGAAUUGAAAACUUUGGCCAAAGAAAAAAUGGAACAGUCCGGGCCGAAAAGCAGGGCCUUUUACAGGAUUCAAGCGACUCGGAGCAUCACCGGAGGGAGCAUUUCCCAAAGGGGGGUGAAAGAGCCGACACCCGUCGAAGAGAAGAUCAGCAUCGCCGAAGUCAAAGACGACAACACCUACGUCAGAUUCGAAAAAGAAGAGCACACUGUACUGGAAAACAUCGGCACGUUCGUCGUGAAGAUAGUACUCGACGGUCCUCCGUUGACGGUACCGCUCAUGGUCGACUAUCAGUCCGAAGACGGUUCGGCCCAAGCCGGUUCCGACUACAUGGCCGUGUCCGGUACUCUCAUUUUCAAACCCGGCCAGAAGGAGCAACUUUUCAAGAUCAAAAUCAUCGACGACGACGUGUUCGAGGAGGACGAACACUUUUUCGUCCGUCUCUCCAACGUCCGGGUUCAAGGAGCCAAAGCGAACGGCCUCAACACCACCUUCAAACUCGGCGAGCCGUCUGUCACGAAAAUAAACAUAUUAGACGACGACCACAGUGGUGUUUUCGGUUUCCCAGAAGCAAGUGUCGAAGUUUCUGAAUCGGUCGGGGUCUACGAAAUUGUCGUUGAGAGAAAAACGGGAGCCAGAGGCAGAGUCAAAGUCCCAUACUACACAGAAGACGGAACGGCCAAAGCCGGCAAAGACUACAUCGACUUGAAAGGGACUCUCUUGUUCGACAACAAUGAAUCAAGGAAAAUUAUUCCGCUGAGGGUGAUAUCGGAAAAUUCGUACGAACGUAACUCCACGCUGACAGUUCACCUCAGCAAGCCUGUUAUUGAAACAAGCACGAAUCCGCUACGUAGUUCAUUCAGAGGUCAUCAGAGUCCCAAUGCAGAAAAAGUUGCCCUAGAAGGAUUACCAGUUCUCGGAGAAGUAUCUGUUCUGCAUAUCACCAUAAAAGAAAGUCUCGAAUUUAAGGAUACAGUUGAUAUGUUGGUUGAAACUAGGGCUUCCCCUUUCAUUGUGGGUACAACUUCCUGGGGUGAACAAUUCGCUGAUGCAAUAAAAGUAAAAGGAGGGGAUGACGAUGAUGGCGAGCCCCCUAGUUGUUUUGACUACUUCCUGCACGUCCUAACUAUCUUUUGGAAGAUUUUAUUCGCAUUUGUACCACCUACAGAAAUGCUGCAUGGGUGGCUAUGUUUCUGGGUAUCAAUUCUAUGGAUAGGUGUAUUGACUGCAACAAUUGGAGACGUAGCGUCAGCAUUCGGCUGCACUGUAGGAAUUGAAGAUCAAGUGACUGCUAUAUCCCUUGUUGCGUUAGGCACAAGUUUACCAGAUACAUUUGCAAGCAAAGUUUCUGCAAUUCAAGACUCGACUGCGGAUAAUUCAAUAGGAAAUGUUACAGGAAGCAAUGCUGUUAAUGUAUUUUUAGGAAUUGGAAUUGCUUGGUCGAUCGCUGCUAUAUAUCAUUCGUUCCAUGGAAAUGCUUUUAUUGUACCACCAGGAAACCUUGCAUUUUCAGUGACGAUAUUUUGUACAGAAGCAUUGAUCGCAAUCACAAUAAUAGUGAUGAGAAGAUGCAAAUUUAUUGGAGGAGAACUUGGUGGUGCGACAAUACCAAAAUACUUAACAUCCCUGUUUUUCUUCUCACUCUGGGUUUUCUACGUUGUCAUGUCAACACUCGAAGUUUAUCAUGUUAUCGAAGGAUUCUAAGAGCCGGAGAAAAAUAAAAUCUGAUCUUGCUGUGUCCAUUAUGGCUCUAUGUUCAUUUGCCUGGAUAAAAAGCUUAACAGGUUGUGAUAAAAGAACGAAAUAGUGAUAAAGCAAAAGCAGAACCGUUUGCUGGACAUAUUCCUCAAAGUAUUUAUGAACAUUAAAACAUUUAGUUUGUACGCAGUUUGAAAAUACUUGCAUUGAUGUCACAAAUAAUUAUCUCUCUUUUUUUUUUUUUUUUUUUUUUUUUUCAAAGAAGUUAUCAACUCCCUACUUCAUAAUUUCACUAAAUGAUCUUAUUUAUAAUUAUUAUUUAAUAUUAUUUAUAAUUAUUAUUUAACUCACCACCAGGUGAAAAUAUGAAAGACGGGGAUUUCCAUUUAUGAAUGCAUCACUUACGGGUAGUUCAAAAAUCAAAUAUGUAUUGGGACCAUUGAAUAAACAAAAUAGAAUGGUAUAGUAGAAAAAUGAAAUGUUACAUUUUUAAACAUUGUGAUGUAAAAAAUAAUUGGUUCAACUAAAUCAAAUCUUGACCCCUUCCUCUACUCAAAAAACAAGGGAAAAACACAAUUCGUACAUUUUUUUCAAUUUUAUGUUCAAAAUUGAGGUGUUUUAUUUUUACAGAUUUGAAUACAACUUCAUUCAUUAAAAAUUAUGUUACAAAUGUUACUUAUGACUUUCGUCUUCUACCACUGUUAAUUUAUUAAUAAUUUUGUUUUGUACAGUUGCCUAGUUCCUAACAUUUAUUAAUGUGGAAAGGGGAUGGAUUUGUUCAAAAUUAAUUGUAUUUAAUUAUAUAUUCAGCAUUUAUAUAGCCAUUUGGCAGCCUUUUUUUAAUUGUUGUUAAGUAUAUCCACAAAAAUAGCUAUAAAUGAACAAAAUCUUUGCAUAGCAGAAAAAAAAUCUGCUAUUCAUUCCAUAAAAAUGACAACUGAUUAAAAAAUAUAUUUAAAAAAAACAACCUAAGUUAUUGUUAUUUUUAUUUUGUUUUAUUUUUUACACAAAUGUUUCAUAGUUCAAGUAGGUUAAAAUGUAAGUAGAUAUUUUGAAAUUGUUGGUAAUUUCAGAAUGGUAUUUCUAUAUACUCUUUAAGUUUCUAUUUACAAAAGUAUUAGGAUUGGUUAAUUGAUUACGAUACAGUAGAAUAUUAUUGUAAUCGAUACAAAUAUAAAUGAUACCUAUGUUGUGAGACCUAAGAGAGUAGGAUUGAACUAUUUUUGGAAUAUUGUGUACAGUUCUUUUCUUUUCUUUUGUUUUUUUGUAAAAAAAUGUAUAAAAAUAUAUACACAAAAAAAGUAAAUAAGUUAUAAAAAAGACAAGUUGCUGGAAAAGUUGUAACGUGUAUACAAUAUGAGAACAUUAAUUCUUACAGUUAAAUAAAUUUUUGUGUUGUACGGUGUGUAAUGCUAUCGGUAGUCAUGCUUUUUGUACCCACGAAAUUUAAAUAUUGAUACGUCAGUUUACUUAAAAUAUAUACAAAAAUAAGAUUGUUAAACAUUACAUGAGGAUGCGUUAUAAUAAUAGUCAAUGUAUUCAUGAUAAUAUAUUAGAAAAAUAAUUAGUAUUGAGCCAUGUUUUGAGGGAAUUAUAUAUGUGUAAAUGUUAAUGUCAUAAAAUUUAAAUAAUCUAUUUUAUUGCAAAUCAUGUGAUUAAAUUAUAAUUUGUAAGCAUUUAAUCGAUUUGAUCAUUUAAAUUAUUGAAAUUUACGAUACGAGAAAUCACUAUUUAGCUACUUCUAAAUAGUAGCUUUAAUACAUAGAUAAAGUUGUUUAAGAAAGUGAAUACUUCCCUUGUACAUAUUUUAGUUCUGUAAUCAAAAACUUCAAAACUACUUAAUCAACUUUAAAUUGAUUCAUGAGAGAGAGAAAUAUUAGCGUUUGUAUAUUGUAUUAUAUACAAUUGUAUUUUUUUGUGUAUAAAAAUUGCCUUCUUAAGAGGGUGCACAAUGUACUCUUCCAACAGCCUUCCAGAAAUAUAUCAAACUUUUGGAUAAUUGCUGUAGUUCUAUUUCCUUACUGUUAUGAGUAAAAUAUCAAUUUGUUAAAUUUCAAAAACCUAAAUACAAUGAAUAAUCCUAAUGCUUGUAAAAUAAGCCUAUAGUGCAUAGUGUUUUUUGUUUGUUUUUUUAUUGGUAAAUUCAAUGAAAAUUUCAGGUACUUGUAUACAAAUUUAAUCAGCAAUAUAUGAACCAUUUUGUUCCACUA